CCUUCUCCCUUCCCUCCAUAUUUCCCAUCCUCAAACACUCCUACUUUUAGCUCUAAGAACAAGCAAGCCAAGUAGGGUUUUAGAAGAUCAAAAUGGCCUCAAAAAGAUCAGCUUCCAUGGCCCUCUUCUUGGCACUCAACAUUCUCUUCUUUUCCCUUGGCAGUGCUUGCAACUCCUGCCCUUCCACCAACCCUAACCCUAACCCAAGGCCGAGGCCGAGGCCGAACCCCACCCCAUCUGCAAGAGGAAAAUGCCCCAGGGAUGCCCUUAAAUUAGGUGUUUGUGCCAAUGUGCUUAACUUGGUCAAUGUGGUAAUUGGUUCACCCCCGGUGAAACCAUGCUGCUCCCUUCUCCAAGGCCUGGCCGAUCUCGAAGCUGCCGUUUGCCUAUGCACUGCACUCAGAGCUAACGUGUUGGGCCUGAACCUUAAUAUCCCAGUUUCACUCAGCUUGCUUCUCAACGUUUGCGGAAGGAGUACUGACUUCCAAUGCUAAAUUGUCAGUUUUCACUAUCGUCGUUUUUAUGGUUUUCAGUAUUUCUAGUAAAUCAGUGUUUUCAUUUGUAAGUUUGUUGUUAUGUUUUUCUAGUGGGAAUUGAUGCCGAAUAAGUCUAAUACUUUUCUUCAAAUGUCAUUCUUAGAGAUUUCUGUAUCUCUAAGGGACAUGAAAAGACUUGUAUUAACUAUGUUUUUUGUUGUUUCCUUAUCUAUUUAUUAAUAAGAUCUCUAAAGCUAGUUUCAUA